UCUGGCAUACACUAGUAGUAGUAAAAGUGAUCAGAGAGUGCAAGAGCCGAAUGAACGCAUCGGCUAUUGGCCAAAGAUCCACGUGCGACCACCACCUCCACCUUGACCAGUAGAUCAACUUAGGUGGGGUGGUUAUUUCUUUGGUCACUUGCAGACAAUAUUUUCCAAAGUCGCUCAAUUUGUGUCUGCACUUUUGCACAGUAUUGCAUACUGCGAGGAUCAUUGAGCGAGUCCAAUUGAAAAUUUAUUUAUUUCCAAAAGAGAGAAAUAGCUUAAACGCCAAUGAUCUUUGAUAGUUUGUGUUGCUUUUGAAAAAAGUUUUAUGAAAAUACGGAGAGACUUUAACGAGUGGACUAACACGACGCGCGUUCGGACACGCUGUCAAUAAUUGUUUAUUGAUAAUUUAUAAAAAUAAUAUAGAAAAAAAGAAUCAGUGAUAAGAGUUUGUUUUAACUUUAAGAAGUGAAUACUGACAAUUAAUUAUUUUUUUAUUUUAUUCUUAAUAUCAAUAGACGAUAUUUAUCAAGUGACUCUUACCGUGAUUAAGUAUUAUAAAGAUGAAAGAUAUUAUAUCAAUUUGGAGUAGAUUAGCCGGACGAAGAUAUUCAUCCGUGAAUACAAACAAUCAUCAAUCAUCUAAUGAUGCUGAUGAUUCUUCAGAUGAUCCUAGUAGUCUUCAAAUAAAAUCUUCAAUUGUAGUCAAUCGAUUUUUCAAUGCUGCAUUACCUGUUCACUCGAAUGGAAGGCGGAGAUGGCCAAAGAGUAUCUAUACGUUGAUGAUACUGGGCCUCCUUGGUUUGGUUUUUGGUUGCUUAGUUCUCAUAGUUCAACCCUAUGAACUUCUCUUCAAACUCAAAGUCACAUUCAGUGACAACGGUGAAAUAUUUGAACUAUGGAGGAAGCCACCAGUCGAUCUCUAUCUUAAGGUUUACCUCUUCAAUGUCACCAAUCGAGAAGAAUAUAUUUCUGGUAUCGAUAAAAAACUCAGGUUUCAGGAAGUUGGCCCCUACGUCUAUAGAGAAAAAUUAGAACAUUCCAAUGUUACUUUUAACAACAAUGGAACUGUUACGACCAUUCCGUUACAUCCCCUUGAAUAUAUUCCAGAGAAAAGUAAUGGAACUGAAGACGAUAUUUUAAUUCUACCAAAUAUAGCAUUACUGAGUAUUGCUAAUGUUAUGAAAGACUCAUCAUACAUUUCACAAUGGGGAUUGAACGUUUUAAUCAGGCAGACUGAUUCACAUCCCUUAGUACAAAUGACAGCUCGAGAGUUCAUGUUCGGUUACAAAUCUAGUCUCGUUACUCUUGGGAAUAGCGUGAUGCCAUCUUGGAUUAAGUUCGAUAAAUUAGGAUUGAUUGAUCGAAUGUACGAUUUUGAUGGAGAUUUUGAAACUGUGUACACUGGUGAAUACGACGUUAAACAAACUGGGUUAAUUGAGAAGUACAAUGGAGAUGUAAAUCUACCUCAAUGGCCUGGAAAAUGUGCAAAUGUUGAUGGGUCGAGUGAUGGUGCCAAAUUCCCUAGCUAUAUUCAACCCAACGAUACUCUAUUGUUUUAUAGAAAAAGUCUCUGUCGAAGUGCACGAAUGGUUCGAAAUGGUGAAAAAGUUGUGAAAGGUUUACACACUUAUCGAUACAAAUUUAUGGAAGAUGAAUUAGAUAAUGGAGCUAAUAGACCAGAAAAUAAAUGCUUUUGUCGUCAGGGACGCUGUCUACCUCCAGGUCUAGUCGACGUCACAGACUGCUAUUACGGGUUUCCAAUAGCAUUAUCAUAUCCACAUUUUUAUAAAUCUGAUCCAUCACUUUUGGAAGCUGUAGAAGGACUUUCACCCGUCCAAAAAGAUCACGAAUCUUAUUUCUUUAUUCAGCCUAAAUCAGGUCUUCCUGUCGAUAUAGCUUUUCGGUUUCAAAUAAACAUGGCACUUCAAGACAUCAGUCGUAUUGCUAAUGUUGAAGGAUUUUCCAAUGUUGUGCUGCCAUUACUCUGGUUUGAAAUAGGAAUGUAUGAACUACCAGAGGCUUUAAACAACAAAUUCAUUUUGUACAUAAAUGUUUUACCAGUUGUUCAAGAAGUUGCUGUUUAUGCACUAUUUUUGGGCGGAAUUAUAUUUUUAACGUGGAGUGUGGUGAAAAUUCUUCUGUAUCAACCUAAAACUUCAUCAAGCCGGUCUACACAGUGGUUCGAAACAGAACUCCAGAAGAAAAGAUUGAACUUCUUCAAUGAUAAACGCAGCUCUUUUAGGGGGAAACCAAUGGAUACCUAUUAUAAUUCUCUACUUGAACCAAAAGAAGAAAUGACACCGAUGACUGCUAUGGAUAAUUCAGAAUUCAAAGAAGAUUUAGUAUGACUUUAUUUACAUAAGAGAUAGAGAACUGAUUAGUAAAUUCUGAUAAAUAUGUGCAGCAUGAAAUUCACAAGUUAUACACUGAUCAAUUAGUUUAUUAUUUAUUGAAUUUGUUGUCGAAAAAAAUCAAAAAAAUUUUUACAAAAAAAACUUAGCCCAUCAGAUAAGCUCAUACUUUAUAUAAUGGAGGGAGUUUUUUUUACUUUUCUACCAAGAUGAAUUUUUAGAUUGUGAUUGAAUGAAUUUCAUUCGACGAAAAGUAUUAUAAAAUAAUAACAUGACAUAGAAUAAUCACUUUUUAAUUAUUGAAAUCUGGUUAAAUAUCAUUAAAGAUAUUUACUUCACGAAUUUUAAUAAAUUUUUAUUACUUAUUUAAAUAUUGAAAAAAAUUUUUGAAAAAUGUAAGCUUUGUUUAAGUAACAUUAUAAACAAGCCUCAAACGCGUUUGAUAAUUGUAAAUAUGUAAAUAACUUAUACU